AUGAUCAAGCUCAUCGAACUCAUUCUGGGCGCUGCCAUCGAAUGCGAGAACAAGAAGGAGUACAUCGAAAACAUCAUGCUGCUCGAUGAGAGCUCCCAGCGCAUCCUCAUGGUGUUCAUCGAGCGGUUGUUGAGGGAACAUCAGAUGAAGCCCGCGCACUCGCCCAGACACCACAGCCAGUCGUAUGAUGAUGCCAACGAGAUCCAGAUUCAAAGCUUGCGACUCGAGAAGGAGGAACUGCAGGAGCAGUUUGAUGAGCUCCAAGUCGAGCACUCCUCGCUCGCCUCUGAGAACGCCAACUUGAGGUCGGAAAAGGAGACGUUGAUGGAGAUGGUGAAGAACAUGGAAAAGCAGCUCGACGAGAAGACCAAGAAGGAGCAGCACGACAAGGAACGGAGGGAAAAGGAAGAGACCGAGCUCAUCAACGCUCUCCAAAAGCACAGCAGACAGAUUUCGGAGGAACAGUAUCACGCCCUACAGAUAGAAAUCGAGGAGAAAGACAAAUCUCUGUUCGAGUUCAAGAAAAAGGUGGACGAACUCUCCAAGUACGCAGCGGAGGCACGCAAGCUGAGGGACGAGAUGGACAUGAUGAAGGAGAAGGUGGCCAACGCGGACCAGGUCGAGGAGAAGUUCGCCCAUCUGCAGGACAAGCUCAAGGAGAUGGCGGAGCUCCGAAAGCAGUACAAGGCCCUGCAGGAGCAGAGCAACACGUACAUGCAGCGGUCGAUCGAGCUCGAAGACGAGGUCGUCAAGAUCCCCCUCCUCAAGGCACAGAUCGAAGACUACAAGAAGCAAGUGCUUGCGUUCAGGUCGGAGGCGGCAACGACGGGCGAGAAGGACAUCAAGCAGCAGCUCGACAUGCAGCAGCUCCAGGAGGCCCUCAAGCAGAUCCAAACGGAGCGCGAUAUGCACCAGGAGAAGGUGGACUCGCUCGAGGAGACCAUCGCUCAGCUCAAGACCGACCUGGAGGAGGCCAGACUGAUGGGCGGACCCAACAGGGGCGGAGGCGCCGGCGACGAGGACGGCAUGUCCGGCUUCCACGAGAUUUUCACGCCCGAGCUGCGGGAGAAGAUGGCGCGCCUGGAGCGCGAGAACAAUCGCCUCAAGUCGGAGAUGGGCGAGGGCGGAGCGGCGGAGCAGAUCGCCCUCCUCCAGGCCAAGCUCGACGACGCCACCGCGCUCAACGCCACCUACGAGGAGAAGCUGCGCCAGCUCUCCGCCCGCACUCCAGACAGUGAGGAAGAGAGUGGUAAGGCGCCGAAGGAGGUGAGCGACCUGAUGCAAGAGCUCACCAAGAAGGACGCCACCAUCGUCGACCUCGAAGAACAGCUCAGGAAGGUCUACGAGCGGUACCGCGCCAACGCGGCCGCCAGCGGGGAGCCCACGCUGGAGGGGCCGGUGGUGGAGGAGAUCGCCAUGAAGCUCGCCCAGGUGCAGGAGAAGAACGAAGCGCUCAACUCCGAGAAGCUCCGCCUCGAGGGCUACCUCCGCACCGCCAAGAAGGUGUGCCUUGUCCCCGCAACCAACGUGAUGUUGAGCACCACUGUGAUUUUUUUCCCCCUUUUUUCUCACCACUCCUGCCGCAAC